UGCGCUCAUCUAAAGGCUGGCUGUAAGGUGGAAACUACGGGCUUGUGGUGAAGGCUACGUUUCCCAUGGAAAUCAAACACAUUUGGAAGUCUCCGGGCCGCCAUUUACGAAAGCCUGCAACCUACCAGAAGGCGGUCGGCUGCAUUACUUACGUCGGCGUGAAGAUCAAUGCCUGCAUGAAUGGGAUCCGCAGCGGUCUGCAGAAGGCCGUUGUCAAGGCGCCUAACCAGGACAUCCUCCACUACGCAUGCUGCUCGUACGGUGAUCUGGUUGACUGCCUCGAGCCGGCGCUGACGCCUUGCGAGGAGGCCGGUGGCAAGGAGUUCACGCUCAAGUGGAUGGACCUUGUGUUCGGGGAGGCCCUGAAUCUGGUGUGUGGAAACUACAAAAGGGGAUCCGAGGCCUGCAAAACUCUGCCGAAGCUGCCAGCGCUGGGUCCGAAAGAUCGCAAGCUCGAGGGCUACAUCGAACUCAUCAUUGAGACUGCUACCGCAUUCGGCCGCCGAAGUUAGCACGUGGCUCGCUGUGGGUCCCGCUCCUGCUUUCUUCAGGGACUAGCAGUCUAGUCGGAUCGAUAAGAUGGUGGUUGUCACGGUGCCUAACUUCCACCCAGAAUAAAAAAAAUACCAGAUUUAGUACUUAUAAAAUACACGACACGCUUGUGCGAAGUUACAGAAUCGCAGAAACCCAAGCCUUUUUCCCCCCCCCCGAGAAAUCGUAGUGCAUAAGAAAAUUUGAUGCCUGUAAUGAAGCCACAUAGACUUUUAAAAAUCUCUCAUGGGACCUAUGUUACGGUCCCCAGUUCUCGCCAACUUAAACUCGGUGACCAUUUUUGUUCAUUGCGGACAACGAGUAAACAAAAGUGUAACGCUUGUAUUGGAGUGUCUUGUGGUGCAAUACUUAUUGUCUCACACAGUCCUAUAUUAGACCAUUGGCAGGAAUUACGAGACUACUGUCUUGCUUGUCGUGCUUGCCCCGCGAGAAAAGGAAAGGAUGUAAAAGAAGUAGUCGAGGUCGUGAUAAAACUCGCACCACGUCUAUCUCAUUCUAUCUCAUUGGACAGGAGGACAACUACACCAAAAAUUGAGGGCAUAUGACAAAACACACGCAGGCUAAGCUACAAGUACUACGAUUUACGUCGAUACUCUAAUCCAGCGGUUCGAAACACCUCACGGCACGGUGGCCGAGAAACGAAGGGUCACCCGUUUGCGAGGUGACGACGUCACGAAUUAGACCACGCCUCGUGGUGCGACGGUGAGGCAAAGAUGGCACUUGACGGUCUGGAGACGACCGCGCAGCAGUGAGCCUGCAUUCGAGCCGCACUUGUCGUACAGGAAUGGUCAUCUGGUCCGAGACAGCCUGCGCGCGAGCACCAGUGCUCGGCGCGAAUGCGGUCAUAACCCAGGCCACGAUCGCUGCUGUGUUGAACCGCUGACAGGUGAGACGGCUAUGCCGCGAUCGCCAAUUCCCUCCACAAAGGGUUGCAAAGCACACCACGCUACGUGCCAGGCUGCAGUAGUCGUGCUGGCGAAGCGUUUUCUCAGCCGGUUGGGCGAUUCCUUGACGGUGGACGGUUGUGAUUGACGGUUGGGCGGCAGCUCCCCGGCUAGCCGCGUUCCCUGGAGCCAUGAUUGACGGCAUCCGACCGCUCGGCCUGCUGUCUUCCGUCUGCUGUGUAGAAUGGGAGAGCCUCUUACGCGUGUAAUAGAAGCGACAAUGGUGCGAGCGAAUAGGCUCACACCAUUAUCGCCUAUUAUCACUAACCUAAACUCUAUUUUUCCGUAGUUAUCCACCUGAUAAAAGAGUACAAAAGGUAUGUCCGACAACCGAGCGCUAGACGAAUGUUUGGUUAACCUACGAGGUUUAUUCCCAUUCCCCCCUGCG